UGAUACCGGAAGUGCAAGGGGUGUUUCCAGCUGACAACGGGAAGGACCAGAGUCUCCCUCAGCAACAGCAACACCGGCGACCUGCGGAACCGGUACCGGGGAGGGGGGGUUCCGCGGUGUCAUGGUCCCGGCGCGGCGAUGGCGUCCUUCCCCGGUGUGCGCGAGGAGGCGAGCGGAGAACCGGACGCGUCUCUGCAGCAGAUGCUGAAGGCCAUCGCCGACGAGAGGAGCCGCCUCGCCGCGCGACAGGAGGCCAGCGGACUCGGCGGCUUUAAGGACGACCGCAUCGUCUUCUGGACCUGGAUGUUCUCCACCUACUUCAUGGAGAAGUUCACUCCUCGGCAGGACGACAUGUUGUUCUACGUCCGCAGGAAGCUCGCCUACGUCAGCGGGGACGGCAGCGAGGGCAAAAAGGUGGAGGUGGAGGUCUACAGGAGGGACUCCAAGAAGCUGCCUGGCCUCGGAGACCCCGACAUCGACUGGGAGGAGAGCGUCUACCUGAACCUCAUCCUGCAGAAGCUGGACUACGUGGUGACGUGUGCAGUCUGCACGCGCUCAGACGCCGGAGACAUCCACAUCCACAAGAAGAAGUGUCAGGAAGUCUUUGCGUCUCCCAGCAAACACGCCAUGGACAGCAAGGGGGAGGAGUCUAAGAUGAGCUACCCAAACAUCUUCUUCAUGAUCGACAACUUUGAGGAGGUGUUCUGCGACAUGACGGUGGGCGAAGGCGAGAUGGUGUGCGUGGAGCUGGUGGCCAGCGACAAGAGCAACACCUUCCAGGGGGUCAUCUUCCAGGGCUCCAUCCGCUACGAGGCCCUGAAGAAGGUCUACGACAACCGGGUCAGCGUGGCGGCGAAGAUGGCCCAGCGCAUGUCCUUCGGCUUCUACAAGUACAACAACAUGGAGUUUGUGCGAAUGAAGGGUCCGCAGGGCAAAGGUCACGCCGAGAUGGCCGUCAGCAGGGUGCCGACGGGCGACACCUCCCCCUGCGGCACCGAGGAGGACCAGGCCUCCCCCGCGCACGAGAGGGUGACGUCCUUCAGCACGCCCCCGACCCCGGAGAGGACACGCCCCUCCUUCUUCUCGCCGUCGCUCAGGCGCAAAGCGCCGCGCAACCAAGAGAUGAAGAAGUCCCACUCGGCCAAUGACAGCGAGGAGUUCUUCAGGGAGGAGGACGACGAAGACCUCCACACCUCCUCUAACCUGCGCUCCCGCUCCCUGUCGGGCACCGGCCGCUCUCUGGUCGGCUCGUGGCUCAAACUGAACCGGGCGGAGGACUACUUCCUGCUGUACUCCCACCUGACCUACGUCACGCUGCCGCUGCACCGCAUCACCGCAGACAUCCUGGAGGUGCGGCAGAAGCCCGUCCUGAUGACGUAGCAGCGCUGACUCAGCACCUCCUCAAAGUGCCUGCAGGAGACCAACCAGCCGUCCAGGAAGUGCCUCUCCUUCUGCUGCUCUUCCAGGCCGCCGGGUCACGUGACCCGCAGGCCGAAAGGCCAUUGGCCGGGUUUCCUGGUAGAUUUGUGCUGCUUCGCUCAGAGACUCGAGUCGUGCUUUUAUCUCGUGACGUGUUUUUGUACGAGAGGAAACAGGAAGUGACCCUUUCACAACAAGAGUAUUCGUGUUGUCAUCACGCCGUCUGACAUCAUGUGACCAGCAGUUAUUAUUCACUAGUUUUAUUAAACCUUCAUUAUAACAACUUUAAAGAAAACAAAAAUGACUGAUUCAUAAUUUUACAAAUAAAAAGUCUGAGAAACGCGAGAAUAUUAUUAAAUCCUCCAAAGUACAUUUUGUUUGGAAUAAUAAACAUAUUUCAACCAGCAGCAACAAUUACGUCAAAUAUGUGUAAUUCAAACAAUGAUCUAACAGACGAGCAUUAAAUUAUAAUCACAUUGUUACUCUUUGAACAGUUUAAAAUGUAUAAAGCAACAAACACUCCUUUUUAUUUUAAUAUAAGUGCAGAAAUAAAACCACAUUGAUUGUAGUUUAGAAGUUGAUCCAGUGGAGAAAAGACCCACAAUGCAUCACUCUGAGCAAAAUAACACCACUCACUAAAUCAAGCUUUUAUCAUCAAAUGUUAACGUCUUUUUCCUGUAAAUCCAGUGUUUUGAUUAUUUUAAAUAUUCAGCUGACGAUAAAAGGGAAAAGUUUCAAACUCAAUUAUUUAUGAUUAUUGAUCGUAUAGAUUCCAAAUGGAUCUGACAAAUGACUAAUUACUUAUUGAUCACUGUUCAGUUAUUUGUUGCGUUCAUUUGAUGUUAAAAUAUAAAUCAGCUUUUUGGCUCAAUAUUUAUUAAAUUAUGAAUCAAAAUUAGAAAAACCGAUCGGUUGUUGUUGUUUUUUUAACCUUUGAGAAGAAUCUGAAGUCUGCUGUUUGCUCUUCCUCAUCCUCUUCCUCCGGCUGAAUGUAUUGACAUUGAUUGACAGGUGGACCUGAGAGGCUUUUUGUAAACAGACACGUUGUCUCACUGUUGUUGUUCCAUUUUAAUGUUUAUUUAUGUGUUAAAUUCACUUUAACAGAAACACGACUUGUUUUAUUGAUUCAGCAUAAAACACUUUUCUGUAAAUAAAUAUUAAUAAACCUUUG